AUGGCAGCUCGGAAAAGAGCUUCAGGAGACGACAUCAACUCCACCAAACCACCGCCAUCAGACUCAAACCAACCCAAAUCCAAACCCCAAGAAACCAUCUCAACAGACCCACCAAUCCUGCAGACCUCAGGAAGCUCUAGAGGAUCAAGAGGCUCAGGACCAAUGACACAAAACAGAGGUGCGAUCCUGAUAAUUGGCUAUAUAUAUAGUGGUUCAGUGUCUGCGAAAAAUGCCGGUGGAACCGCCAGCAAUGCAGAGGCUUUAAGUAAGCUUGAAGGGUAUCUCGGUCGGCAUACAGCUAAAGUGGCAGAGCUUGCCAAAUUUGGCCAUCCAGCCAAAUUGUGGAGCUCAUCUUGGUAGAUAAGGUUUCUUGUUCAGACCAGCUUACAAGAGAAUUCAGAUUCCACAAAGAAGUUUGAGCAGGCUGCAACCAAGAGGUCGUACAAGCCGGCUUGCCAAGUUUUCCACCUCAAUUCACACCAUUAAAAAUCUCAGAAUCAUACAGGCUUCUUGGUGAAAAGUUGCCAAUUAGCUUCUUCAACUAUGAUAGUGGACUAAAUUAUAUUGUUGGAAAUCAAACUGCCUUGUUAUAUAUUCCAACCAAGACACUAAGUUUUUCUUGAAUUGUGUAAGUUAGCCACCACAAAAGUGUAUUCUUGUAGUUGCAAAUGUAGUUCUUUUUGGCAGGUUGAAACUCAAUCUAUUUUUGUGAUAGUUGUAAAAGAAUCCCAACUAUGUGAGAAUUUUGAGCUAGUUUUGUCAAGGAAGCAAUUGGCCAUGUGAUUUCAAUACCAUAUUGAAAGUUACGUUAUG